AUGAGCAGCAUUGAGAAACGCCGUAUCCAGAACCGUGAAGCGCAACGUCGACACCGAUUUUCAUUAAAGGCCCGUCUCGCCGAGUUAGAAGCGGUUCAAACUUUCUUGCACCAGAAAGGAUUUAGUCUGCCAGCACAGGUAGUUGCCCACCCCGAUAUACAUGCCUCCCAGCAAUCCUUAUCGCCACCAAUCGAUGCAUUGAUUCCGCCAGAUUGGAUGGAGGGACACAACAGGCUACUUGCAUGCGACCUGGCUGUCUCUCCAGGAACGGGGGCGCCUGCUGGGUCUGUCGGACCUGUCAAUCCCGGUGAAAAUACUGCGUGGAUACAAACCCCGAUACAAGAUAGCCAUUUUGCGCCUAUUGUCUCAAAUCAACCCCUGGGAGCUGUUUCACCAGGGUGGCGUGGGGCAGCCGGACACGUAUCAGCGGGGCCCGAGUUACCCCCAUACUCUCCAACCCGUGCGAUGUACCCGUCACCUCCGAUGUCUUUAGGUGUGCCUGCACAUCAAGAGCAAAAAUUGCAAACUCAUCCACCUAUCCCUUUGACGCGGCAGUUACAUCCGACUGAGUCCCUACCUCGCCAGCAUGACCCUCCGAACAACACCUCCAUCCCAAAACAGGGCCGUAGAGGCCCCUCCCCGUUACACAUUGCGGUGUUGAACUUAAAUAUAGCUAGUGUGCAAGUGUUGUGUCAGCAUGGCGCCAACGUGCAUGCGCUUGACGAGCAUGGACGCACACCACUGCACCUGUGUGCGGAUUUUCCAGUGCAGCACGGUGAAAUAGCUUCGGAGAUAACAUCCCUGUUAGUAUCAUAUGGCGCGUCUCCCGAGGCACGAGAUGAAGAUGGCGAAACAAGUAUGCAGCGAGCGGCACGAGUGGGAAACUACAUGAUGAUUUCCACAUUGGCAGGUCUCGGCGCAGAUGUGAAUUUCCAAUGA